AUGUCCGAAUCCGAUAUUGACGAAGCUGAUGUGGGUUGGCAAAACCCGCCUGCCAACAUCGCAGACGGACUUUCUGCUCUUGGCGACAUUAUCCGGCAAGCACAGAAGUUGACUGAGAACAUCGAGGCAAGCUAUGCUAGGGAAGACGUCGCUGAGGCGGGUUCCUUGCUCUCCGAGUUCUACGAAGUCAUGACGAAGAACGUCACUGCCUAUCGCAAGUCGCAAGAGUACGCCGACGAAGAAGCUUCCAAGCUGAAGGCCGUUCACGGGUCGCUUUCAUCCUUGAGCGAACGACUUAUCGCCCUCAAAGUCGAGCGUCCUCUUACCGCCGCGGAUCUCAAGGCCCCUGUUGACCAAGCCGUCGAUGCUCUGAAGACCCUCAUCGCGACCUUGACCAACCACGUCACUUCGGAAGUCUCGAAAUACCCUACGGUCAGCGCAAUUCAGCAAGGACUAGCCACAUCAACGCAAGUCGAAGGACUACCGAUCCUCAGCGACAUUCGUAAAGACCUAGUCACCACAACCAACCUUCGAGCAGUCUCGAACAGCAUCGAGAAGCUGCCUUCGUUGGACGACAUUCGAAAGGACCUGGCUACGUCGGAUGAUUUCAAGGGUCUCGCCACUUCUCAAGACGUCAAGAACCUCCCUUCGUUGGACGACAUUCGAAAGGACCUAGCCACUGGGCUCGCAUCCUCGGUGCAACUGGAUAGCAUCGCGGAGACUCUUUCAUCCGUUACCAAGGCCCAGGAGAGCCUUUCUACCUCUUCCGAAGUCGCCGCCUUAGUGCAGGCGAUGCCUUCUGUCUCGUCCAUUCGAAGCGGUCUCGCCACCUCUGAUGAAGUCACCGCAGUAAAGCAGGCGAUGCCUUCUGUCUCGUUGAUCCAAAACGGUCUUGCCACAUCGGCACAGUUUGUAGCAAUGAAGAACGAUCAGGGCGCCCUCAUUGCGGCUAUCCCUAGCCCCUCUGAUAUUCAAGCAGGUCUUGCAACGUCUGAACAAAUCGCCAAGCUACCUCAGGCUAUCCGGGAUGUGUUCUCUGCAGCUCCAUCACUUUUUCCUACAGUCGCUGCCGCAGCUCCCCAGCCGCAACCCUCCGUCACCCCUGCUGCUUUUGACGAGUUCCAGCGAGAAGUUAAGGCAAGCAUCAGCAGUAUGUCUUCGCCUUUGACCGUCGACCAGAUCAAGGCUGCGCUUCGGCCUGAAGCCCCUGAUGGAUCUCAGGAACAGGCUUCGACUUCCCCUAUCACGAUGGUCCAACUGACCAACGCUCUUCGAGACCGUCCCGCUGUAACCCCCAGUGACUUUCUCACUGCGACUGCAUUCAACGCUUUCAAGGAGCAGGUCGAAACCAGUUUCCGUGAUCUCCCCAAGGCAAUCACAUCGGCGGAGCUCACAAACGCUUUGAACUCACGACCUGCUGCCCCUGUGGUGGUACCACAACAGGCUGGUGUCUCUACUGAGGCCUUUGAAGCACUUCAGAAGGGGGUGAAUGACGACAUCGCUGCCAUCAAGUUGGCUCAAGAUGCUCAGGGUACCCUCCUCCGCUCGAUUGCUAUCGCUCUCAAUGUGCCCAUACCUGCGGGGCUUGGAAGCUCUGCUCGUCGUGACCCGCCAUCACCGCCUCGCAACCCUACAACCCCUCAUAACCCCGCACCCCCUCGCGACUCCGUACCUCCUCGCGACCCCGUGAAUCCUCGCGACCCCACACCCCCUCGCGACCCCACACCCCCUCGCGAUCCUACACCUCGCGAUCCCACACCUUCUGAGCAUCAGCCAUCCCCUGCUGCUGCACGUACCAACACCUCGAACAAUGGGAGACCUGGCAGUAUCGUCGGCAGCAAGCGACGCGCAUCCAAUGAUGUAGAGUCUGAAUCCACGAAACUUGCUCGCACAGGAGAAACAGGGGAAAUAGCUACACCUACGGGCGUCACCCCUGGAGCCACAGCCGCUGCUAGUGCAAGAGGACCUCCAUCUUCGGCUGCCCCCAACCUCAGCUACCUUCCGAUCAGCAUCAGCUCGAAGGAACGCAUCCUCGACUCUUGUCUAGAUCAGAUCUUCAAGGAUCUAGCCGCCGGAGACUGGGCAGACGACGCUCCAUUCCCACCUCCUCCUGAAGCCGGGAUUGACCCCAACGGCUUUACUUCGAAGCUUCAAACGUGCGUAGUCCGCAGUGAGAAGCACACCCUACGCAAGGGUGAAGUUGGUUACUCUGAAGGCAACUACAGGUAUGAUCCUCGCUGCUUCAUCUCAGAGGUCCAGAAGGUGCCAUCUCAAAGCGAGGCUGGCGUCAAGUGGACAUGGACGCAGCACGACACAAACCUGCCGUGCCCUGGCUGUGAGACGCUCCAUUCGACUCACAAGAGCCAUCAGUGCUUGAAAGUCGUCAGUGAAUUCACCCUCUGGCUCCUCAAUCCUACCGACGCCGAGCGCAUCAUACAGCGGGCAUGUGACGCCAAGCACAACACUGGAGCCCGUCCCCAGGACGAUCGCCCUGUCCCUCGCCCUGGCCCUGGUCCCGGUCCUGGUCCUGGUGGCAAGAGGGGUGGUGGUCGCAACAGUGGCGGAUCGCCCUCGAGCAGCACUCGCAGGUCCAAUGUGCAGACUCGCAAGAGAGGUGACUCCAACAUCUCCAACAUGACACGUUCUUCUGCUGGCAAGGCAGCAGCAGGCAGAGGCGAUGAGAUCGCUGAGCGUGGAGGUAGAUUAUUCGGGAGUAUGAAGAGGGUCGGAGGUUCCGUGAAGCGUACGUUCGUCGGAAAUUCGUUGCAGAGACAUGGGCAACAGCAGAAGGUGCCGAGGCCGAGAUCUAUCAUGGGUUUCUGGCAUGGGUCCGCUGCCCCCACGGAGAGCACAGCCCAGUUGGUCCCGACCACCAGCGAGAGCUCGCCUCAGACCAAUGCCGAGCUUGACAACGGAGCAUGAGCUCGCCUUAGAGCAACGCCGAGCUUGACAACGUAGUAUGAGCU